AAUAUCACGUCUUGAGGGGUGAAGACACUCCCUCUUAAGUGACAUCGAAGGGCUGAGCUAGCAUAACUGCAGUGUUUACAAGACGACCAUCAUGCGUAUUACCACCCACUUCUCGAUCUUAACACAAGUCAUCACCCUAUCGACGGCGAGGGUACACCGUCGAAAAACUAACGGUACAGAUGUGUUGAAAUUCAUCGACCCAUUGAUUGGUUCUCGGGAUGGAGGCAAUGUUUUCGCUGGUGCGACUCUGCCAUAUGGCAUGGCUAAAGCCGUUGCAGACGUUGACGGGGCGAACACGGGAGGCUUCUCUACCGACGGAAGCAACGUGACUGGCUUCUCUGCCCUCCACGAUUCUGGCACCGGAGGCUUUCCGAGUUUGGGGAACUUCCCCAUUCUCCCACAGCUCUGCUCUGGAGACGACAUUAACGAUUGCAAAUAUCAAAUUGCUGCGCGUGCAAUUCACUAUAAAGGCGACUCGGUCAAAGCACGACCAGGCUACUUUGGAGUGUCGCUAGAGAAUGGUAUAUAUGCCGAUAUGACCGUCUCGGAGCAUGCUGCUCUUUUUCGAUUCGACUUUUCCAAGGCAUCCACUGGUAAUUCGAGCUCAGACCCACUGAUCCUACUCGACCUGACUGAUCUUCGGGCAAGCCGACAAAACGCUUCGAUCAGUGUCGAGGCAACCAAGGGUGCUGAGAGCGGAAGAAUAAAAGGAAAUGGAACUUUUAUUCCCAGCUUCGGAGCAUUAUCGUACAAGUCUUACUUUUGUCUGGAUCUGUCUGGUGCAACGGUAGGAGAUUCUGGAGUCUGGGUCAAUAGUCGAGCUGGUACAGAACCGAAACAGCUUUUUGUCACGCGUGGCUUUAACAACUUUUAUCUCGAGGCUGGAGGUUUCGUACGCUUCAAAGGACCACUCUCGGGCCCCUUGCUUGCGCGGAUGGGAUUGAGCUUCAUUGGCACUGACCAGGCGUGCCAGAAUGCUGAGUAUGAGAUACCCAACCCUGACAUCGACUUCGAUCGGCUAGUCAAGUCAGCCGAAGAUGCAUGGCGGGAAAAACUGUCGCCGAUCUCGAUAGAAUUAGGAGACGUGGACCAAAGUAUGCUGGUAAGCUUCUGGAGUGCGGCAUACCGGACAAUGAUAUCUCCCCAGAACUACACGGGUGAAAACCCUCGUUGGCAGAGUACCGAGCCGUACUAUGAUUCCUUCUACUGCAUCUGGGACCUUUGGCGAGCUCAGCUCCCUUUUCUCUCGAUUCUCGAUCCAGGAAUGAUCUCAGUCUUCAUCAGAAGUCUAUUAGACACGUACAAGCACCGCGGCUGGCUCCCAGACUGCAUGAUGAGCACCUGCAGCGGCUGGACACAAGGCGGCUCCAACGCAGACAAUGUCCUCGUAGACGCCUACCUCAAGAAUGUUACCUCUGGCAUAGACUGGGAGCUCGCCUACGAAGCCAUCGUCAACGACGCCGAAAACGAGCCUCUGGAAUGGAGCUUCCAAGGCCGCGGCGGCCUGACCAGCUGGAAAAGACUAAAAUACAUCCCAGCCCUAGACUUCGACCCUAUCGGCUUUGGCACGAACUCACGAAGCGUAUCCCGAACCCUCGAAUACGCCUACAACGACUAUAACCUCGCCGUCCUCGCCCACAGCCUAGGAAAAGACACGGCACCGAAAUAUUUUUCCCGUGCAACGAACUGGAAGAACCUUUUCAAGCCCGAUCAGACAUCUUCCGUCAACGGCACGGAUACUGGUUUCGUAGGCUAUUUCCAGCCCAGAUACCUCAACGGAACAUUCGGCUUCCAAGACCCCAUUGCAUGUAGUCCGCUGACAGAUUUCUGCUCUCUGACGAGCAAUAUGGCUGAGACAUUCGAAAGUAGUCUUUGGGAGUACAUGUUUUUUGUGCCGCAUGAUAUCGGCCAGGUAAUUGAGUUGGUGGGCGGCGACGAAAAGUUUAUUAGUCGAUUGAAUUUUUUCCAUACGUCGGGUUUGGCAGAUAUAGGCAAUGAGCCGGUUUUCUUGACGGUUUCACUGCCGCAUUAUGCGGGUAGGCCAGCGUUGUCGGCUGAGCGGGCGCAUUAUUGUAUGUCUUCUUUCCUUCACGCAGUGCUGUGUCUUAUUAACGCUUUGGACCUAGAUAUCCCGUCUCGAUUCAACACCUCCCCGGGCGGCCUCCCAGGUAAUGACGACAGUGGCUCCAUGGCCAGCUUCACGCUCUUCCACAUGCUGGGUUUCUUCCCCAACCCAGGUCAAAACGUAUAUUUCAUCACUCCUCCAUUCUUCCCCUCAGUCUCUGUGACCAACAAGUUGACUAAUGCGACGGCCACCAUCCGUACCGUGAACUUCGAUGCGCAGUACAAGAACAUUUACAUUCAGAGUGCCAAGCUGGAUGGCAAGGAAUAUACUAAGAAUUGGAUUGGACACGAGUUUUUCACCAAAGGAGGGACGCUGGAGUUGGUGCUAGGGGACAAGGAAAGUAAGUGGGGGACAAUCAAGGAGGAUAGGCCACCGAGUAUGUCCGAUGGCAACGGUGUAGCAGGUGGUAUGGAAUUGAAGUUUACAGUGUAG